UCCACCAAUAAUCAAUACACCAUAAAAGAACCCCGCUAAAUAUUACUCCACCGUUUAAAGCAAACCGGCAACCCGACCCGCGCAAGCCGACGCUCACUUGUCUCCGGAUCGGCCGUGACGUCACUCGCGCGUAAAUUCAGAAGAUAAACGGAGGCCGACAGAAGGGGAUGGAGUCCACAUUUUCGCGUUUUUCGUGCUCGUUUCUCUCCCGGGAUUAAUGCUACGAGGUCGAGAGCAAUGCUUCGUGAUCAUAGAACAUGAGAGAGAAGUGAUAAAGUGGCCGAGAAGAGGAAUUCGCGUGAUAAAUGGAGGAAGAGACGAGGAUGGCGAGUUAACGGCUGUCCGAACUAAAAUCUGGUGACUUAUUUUCGUUAAUUAUUCGUGGUUCAAGUGAGCUUUUCCUGGCGUCUGGGGAGCUCGAAGGAAGGUCCGGAAGGAAACCUGCAAUUGCUGUCCGCUGGGAAGGUGAUGCUGAGCUAGAACAAUGGACAUCCUCACCUUCGCUGCCAAUGCUGUGUUCAGCUCCGACCACGAGGAAGAGCUGUGCAUCCCCCUCACGCCCACGAAGGGAAGAAGGCCCGUCUUCGGAGAGCUCACCAACACCAUCAACCUUUCCCCGGAGAAGCUCAGCGACUCCUCCUCGCUCAGAGCGCUCUUCACGGCGCCCACGCUCGCCACGCCCAAGACGAAGGCCAAGGGAGGUGCUGCGGCGGGCGCUGCUGGCUCCUGCACUCCUGGAUCGCGGAGCCUCGGGCGUGGUCCCCAUGGCAAGUCGUUGUCGUCGCCGUCGCCGGGCUCCGAGGCGGCGGCGCGGACCCCCAAGCGCGAGGGCGCGUCGCCGCACGUGGGGCCCGGCGGCGACAGCUGCGGGCGGAGUCCCCUCACGCCCAUGAGCAACCUCAAGCUGCUGACCCGCAUAGCGUCCAUGGAGGAGUCGAUCAGCAGCAAGAAGGCGCUUUUCGGCCGCGGUGACGGGGCCUCUCCCGCCGGAGGAGCUCCUGCGGCCAGGGCGCCAGCGCUGCCCGCCGGCGGCCCCGCGUCCACGCUGCGGCGGCACAACAGCGACUGCCUCGGCCAGGCCAACACCAGGGGCAGGCUGGGCAGGAGCACGGCGCUCCGCAAGCACCCGACCAGCAGCGAUUACCCGACGCCGAGCUCGCCUGGGAACCUGGUCAUGGAGAGCGUCGGCCACAUCCCCUCCGUCGACGACUCCUCCGCCGCCCGCGCCUCCGAGGGCUCCAGGAAGGACAAGUCCCUCGGACUCCUCAGCGAAAAGUUCCUGGAGCACUUCCCGAUGGAGGUCUCGUUCCUGGAGACGCCGCGCAGGCUGGUCAUCGACGAGGUGGCGUCCAUGCUCGGCACGGAGCGGAGGCGCGUCUACGACAUCAUCAACGUGCUCGAGAGCCUCAACAUGGCGGCGCGCGUGCAGAAGAACAUGUACCAGUGGAUGGGCCAGCUGCACCUUCAGGAGACCCUGGGGCGGCUCAAGGCGCUCGGACACAAGCUCGACGUCGGGGCGCAGCUGCAGGCCCUGCAGCACUUCGACCACGACUUCAAGUUUCCACAACGCAUCAAGACCAGUCUCCAAGGUGAUGGAGAGAAGACAGAUACAAGGAGAGAGAAGUCACUUGGAAUCCUGUGUCAGAAGUUCCUCAUGCUGCUAUUGGUCAGUCCUGAGCCCCACAUGAUCUCCCUGGACAACGCCGCGCGGAUGCUGGUCGGCGAGGCGGGCGAGGACGGGGAGAGGCUGAGGACUCGCGGCCGACGCCUCUACGACAUCGCCAACGUCCUGGCCUCGCUCGGGCUGGUUCGGAGAGUCCCCACGGCGAAGGCCUUCCAGUACAUCGGGCCGCAGGUCGAGGCCGUCACCAGCGAGGAAGAUACCUUAGGCGUCCUCCACCGCCACUCCCUGCUUCCCUCUCGCCUCGGAAGCAGCGGAGGCAAGGAGAACCUGGUGAGUUCCUACGGCGACCACGAAGUCACGCCCUCCAACAGCGUCCCUCCCGUGCAGAAGCGAGGACGCCCCAGGAAGCUCUCCACGGACUUCGGGACUUCUGCUGUGCCUGCAGCCAAAAGGACCAAACUUCAGAGGACAAAGAGUGAAGAUGUCUCCACUUCGAAACAGUCAAGAAAGAUCAUGCGGCAUCCUUCUCUUCAUGAUAUAUGCCAGGUGGCCGAAGUGGAGCGUGAGAAACUGCUAGAGAGUGAACGACUGCAGCGAUCGCGUUCUACUGACAAUUCUCACUCAGGCCACGCUGGACCCUCUCCGUCUUCUGAGAGAAGUGAGGAAUCCUCAUCAGACUUUGCAGGAUUCAAGCCUAUCACCUCAGUCCCUCAGCCGUCCCUCCGCACCCUCCUCCAGCGCCGUUUCACCAAUCGAACUAAAAUCCCCAUCGCCCUGACGUUCCAGACCCCGCCCCAGGGCGAUAAUGAAUCCACGCACCUUAGGUCGCCGGCACAGAUUAUAACUAAGCAUUCACCGUCUGUGGCUAAGGUACUUCAUGUCGCACCUGAGGCAAGUCAGACACUCCAUCCAGACACAGUACCCACGGUUCCAUCACCAAGAAAUAUACCCGUUUUCUCUCAGACAUCAUCUCCAUUCUAUCCAGUGAACUCAGGCUCAGUCAGUACCCAAAAUGCCUGCUUGACCCAGAACCAGCAGAUGAAACCAGUGGUCGUGGUGAAAGGGGGCAGCAGACUCAUGAACAGCUCACACAAUCAGUCCCGUGUUGUGCCCGUUGGUUCCACAACCACCCAAGGACCACAGGUGAUAAAACUAAUUACCAGGACUGGCGGAUAUAUGCAACAGGAGCCAUCCACGGUUAUUACUGUGCUGCCUGCUGGUCAGGCAGUCAGUAAAUUCAAUCCACAGAAACAUCUGAUACAGACCGGAGGGGGAUUUCAACAGAUAUCCCAGGGUAUAUACACUAAUGGGAAGAAAGUCAUAUCAAAUUCCACAGGUUCCGUGAGGUGUGAGGUUCCGGUUCAGGGGAAGGUUUUCACAGAGCAGAGACAGGUCUCUUCACAACCCUGUACGGUAUAUACAGUGUCGAGGAACAUGGUGACAGAGAAAACCUUUCCAAGGGUGAAUUCAGCAGAGGGCCUUCACAUGCCAACAGUUAUUCAAAAAUACCUAGGGCCCUCACUCCAGAGUGGCAGUACGUCAGAACCCAGAUUUUUACAAAUUUCGCAGUCACAUACAACCGCAUUUCAGAUACAAAACAGUGUUUUAAAGUCAGGAGGAAUGUCGACUGUCAGAACAGCUAGCUUCCGGGAAAGUUCCCGCAGUUCUCCGCCCAUGCCCAGUACCCAGCAGGCCGGCAACCAAGCAAGCACGUGGCAGCCGUCUCCAGAGAGCUCCAGCACCGACAGUGAACUGGAGCAAAUCUUUGGGGAUUCCUUCAAAUUCACGCGUCCAAAGAUCCUAGUCCAAGCAUCCAGUGGUCAGAUCGCUCCCCAUUUAAAUCAGCAUACAUAAUUCCCUCAAGCAAUUGAAACAACAGUAUUGAAAGUAAUACGAAGAGGAUGCUUUUCAGUGGAAGAAAUUGACUAGAAUCACCAGAUACCCUACACAGAAAAUGAUGUAACAGAUGGAAUUCCCUUGCAAAGAAAUGAAUGGCAGAUUUAUCCCAGAGGUGUUUGGAAGCCACACCAAAACGGUACAAAAAAAAAGAAAAGGCGUCUGAAUGUUGUUAUUUAUGAAAAAAAGAAAAAUAUGUUUGUUAUGACAUUCCAUUUUAUAUAUCUAUUUUUGUAAAACUUGAAUUGAUUGUUUCGUGUUACAUAUUAUGUAAUAUUCAGAUUUUUUCUGAUGGUUAUAUAUUAUUCCAUAUUUUGAUACUCCUAAAUAAUAUCAGGUAACAAUCUCAUAAUCAUUCUGUAUGUAAAUCAUAUUUGAUAUUUGAUAGGGGACCUGAAAGAUUUCAUCUACGUGAUGGGCUUUUCAUAUUUCACUUCAGUCACAUUUUUCCAUGUUUAUGUUAAUAUACUGUAUGAGGGCUUUUUUUUUUUUUUAUACUAAUGUUAAUAUUAAGUAACAUAGCUCGUUUGGUUAAUUAUCAUUACUAGCAUAUUUUAGCUCCAGCAGUGUAUUACUGAUGUAUACAAACAUCAGGAAAGCAGGUAUAAGUACAUUAUUUAUGGUAAUUUCUUGGAAGUUUAUUUAUCUCACAUAAAAAAUCACAUCUCAUGCCUCCUAUGCUUAGCUGUACAGUGACUUCAUAAUCAUUUUGAGAAAGGUGCUUUCUGUCUCAAAGCAAUACAUUUUUUUUGUAUGUAAACUGGCAUACAAAUGUGUAGUUUUGAGUGAUUCUCUAGCUUUUGACUUCAUCUUUCAUUAUUUAUGAAAAAUAGGUUUUGUAUCAUGGUCUCCAGGUUUGGGGGAGUUUAGGAAUGUUUUUGUCAUAGUAGAAAUUUCAGAGGAAGUACCUGCAUAUAACUGAUUUUCUUCUAUUUCAGUUUUAGGUUACAUGUGCUAAAUUAACAUGUGUUUUUGGGUUGUUUGUGAAUCAUCUUGUUUUGGGGGGAUUAUUACUGUAAGUUUUUUCAUAUCUUAGGAUAUGCAAUCUUUAUUCAAAACAUAUCAUUAAUUUUAAGUCGCCAUAUUUUACCGUGUGCUUGAAGUAUUGAAUGUAUUGUAUUUUUCAGUUCUUAAUGGAAGUGGCAAUCGGAGAGGAGGGAUGAAAUUGAAAUAUGUGCAGAUUCUGUUUUAUGCUAUUUAUAUAUUGAUUAGGGAUUAUAUAUUUAGUCUUGAUUGUCACUUCUAGUCUUGUAUAAGUCUUAUUUUUGUCAAUCCAUAUAGUCAUCAGUGUCACAAGUUCAUUAAUAUCAGAUAAUGAUAUUAAAUGAAUUUCAUUGUUUCAGUGGAUUAACUUGGUGGAAAGGCUUUGAUAUUGCAUUUGUGUAAUUUCUGCAUUUAUCUUGACUACUUUGCUCUGAUUUUUUGUCAUUAAUUUGUUUGGCUGAAGUCUCAUCCUUUAUAUCAUUUCCCUUAAAGAAAAUAUGAAAAGAGAGAUUCUAAAGCAUUUUAGAUGCAACUGAACGGUUAUAAUAGUGUUGUUACAAGUCAUUGGUAUUCCAGAAGACAAGUUUUGUUACAGAGCAAAACAAAGAUUUCCUCAGCUGUGUGUGUCUACACACAAUUAACAUUCAUGCAGUGUGUCAUGAGAUGUAUUUUUUCUUUGUAGACAUAGUAAAGGAUUUCUUAUUUUAGUGCAAUGAAAUUGAAUGGAAAAAUAUAUAUAUUGAUUAUAUUUAUAUUUAGACAGGACUAAGGUUUUGUUCUUAAAACAGUGCAACCAAGUUGUAAAUUGUAACAAGAUGUUUUCUAAAAGUUUAUGUUUAUGCCAGAUUUGAAUGAUGUAGUGUGGGUUUCCUUUCAUGGAUUCAAAUAUCUAUUUUUUUAUAUAUCAUGAAUUACUUUGGGUGCUAUCACUAUUUUGGUUUAUAGUAUUUUAUACAUUAAUCAAAUAUAUGAAAUGGAAAGUUUGGUUUGGCCUCUAACAUUUCUCAGACAAACUCCAAAAUUAAUGCAUUAAAUGAAUGAAAAUAUAUGAGUCACAUUUCUGGUCAACAUUGACUGUAUGUAAAUAUAUAUAUAUCUAUAAAAUCAGUGUAACAUUUUGAAGAAAUAAGAGUGUUUAAAAAGUGGAGCUUGUUAUUAUUCACCCCAAAGUUGAUGCAAUAUGUAUGAUCAUUGUUUAAGUAUUUUUAUUACAAGUCCAAAGUAGUUAUUUAUUUGGAUAAAUACCAUAAUCAGUGGCACAAAUAUACACAUGGCUAUAUUACUGCUUCCUGUAUUAUGCAUUGAUAACAGGAGCUUUUGAUGAAAUUCUCUAGGAAAUCGAGUGCAUAUAUAAUUAAGCUGAAGUAUGCAGAUACAAUGAAUAUGGUUCACUGGCAAAAUAUUAACAUUUUUGUUUGAUUGAAGAAUAAUUUCAAUGCAUUUUGAAGGCCAUUGAAUUAAAAAAAAAUUAAAAAAAAGUUAUUGUAAAAUGUUUUAUGAAUGUAAAAUUUCUUUUGUCUUUUCAGUGGGUUUCAUAUGUCUGCUGUAGUGAAACUAACGUAUUAAUAACAAUUAUAAAACAUGAUCUAUAAGAAUGCGCAAAGUUUUAAAUUUGCAAGAUAAGAGAUAGGCACACAGGAAAAGAGGUUCACUAAUGGAAAAGUUGUCACUUACCCCAUGGGGGGAGGAAGAAGGGGGAAAGAAAGAAAGAAAAAAAAAAAAAAAAAAAAAAAAAAAUGCAAGCAAAUAGUCUGACAGUUUCUGUGAUAUUUAUGUGGCUCUACUUAAAGUAUGCAAAAACAGAAAGGUAUGGGAUUUUCACUUAAAUUUCAUUUUCAAAUUAAGGUACAGAUAAAAUAUACUACUUAAAUGAACUGUGGAUUCACUUAUAUAACCCUGUGUACAAGGGGUUUAAGAUGUGAUGAGCUCUGUAUUAGAACAAUUAACCUUUGAUAAUAAAUAAUCUAAAUACAAUCAUGCAAAAAAAAAUGUAUGCAACCCACAUCUAACUUCGCAGUCAGUAGACCAAGGAAGAUUGAAGAUUCAUUAAUUUUUGGGGGGUACAGAUGUCUAAAGGCCCAUCACACUAUUUCACAUUUCUGCAUGAAUUUUGAGGCUUUCAGCAUGCAUUCCAUAAACAACUCGCAAGCAAAGAUAGCAACGACCUCAAUGAUAAAUAGAAUAAAAGAAAUUCAAAUAAACUUUACCACAUAUAGAUUUUUUUAUACAAAAUAGUAAAUUUUCUUUACAUAUGAAUAUGUAUGAGAAUGCUUAUGCUAUUCCUGAGGUCUAAAUUUUAAACAUUCCACACUGUUGUGUCUGCGGAGCUUCUUAGUGUGAGCCAAUAUCCAUGCUUCGAAUGAAUAGGACACCUCAGAUGACAUCUUUUAUAUUUACAUGGGUGUCAGUUAGCAGUGGUUUUCUGCCAGUCUGAUAGGAUUAGACUAUUUGCAUGCAGAAAGUUCAUACAGAAAAGUGCUGGUGUGAUAGGGGUUUGACGAGAAAAAGAUAUAAUUUUAUGACAAAGCAUGUUGCACUGGAAAAUGUUAUUACCAUAAUUAUAAAUAAAAUAAUGAACCAAACAUGGUACAAAUAAUUUUUUUUGUCAAUUAUUUAAUCAAGUCGCACUUCCCAAGACUAAGGGAUAAAUGAAAAGCUUAUUGCAGUUCAUGAAAAAAAAUUGAUUGUUAGUUCUUGAUGAUUUCGUUACUCAUGUAAUUUUUAAGAUGAAUUCAAUCUUAAAAACCCUUUGUUCAGAAGGAGAAACUCCGAGAUCAGACAAAAAUAUAAAUGACUUAUAAAGUAUUUACUAUUAUUAAUUUAUUAUAUUUUACAUCAUUUACACAUUGUUAUAAAUAAAACAAUUUUUUUAGCACUGGAAUACUAUAACCAUGCUCACACAUAAUAUACAAACUUACAUACAUACAUACAACCCUCAGAAGACCUAUGAAAGUGCGUCAUGACCAUAAAUUUUAAGUCCCUCCUCAUCCUUCGUCAAUAAGGACCACUUAACAGUAUGACAUGAAAUGAAUAUGACUCUAACAAACAGAAUCUGGGGUAAAAAUCAAUAGUCAUGUCACAAAUGCACAACCAAUGAAAUCCAUGAAAUGGCGGAACUACAUUUUACAAAAAGAAAAAAAGAAAAAGAAAAAGAAAAAAAGAAAAGAAUAAAGAAAAAAAUCUGUAAAAUGCUUAACUAAACCUGUUAUUACCUCUUCAUAAAUAACAAUAAGUAAAAUUAUAAUAAAAAAUAAACAUAACAGAAUAAGAACAAUUUUUCUUUUUCUUUUGACGAGUACAAGAAAUCGGACAGGAAGCCUAUGCCUGUCAGAAGUGGGAGUGCAUCUUAAUUCUUACUAUGAUAUAAAGCUCAUUGAAUAGUGUCGUCAGCCAAGCCAGAUCAAGUCAUGCUAUUUUUUUUUUCUUUUCUUCUUUUUAAAGUCAUUUUCUUUCUUUUGAGCCAAGUUACUACAGAAGACUUUUUCUAAAUAAAGGUCUUGCAUAAAAUAUAACAUACCAUUCAAAUGUAAAUGAAAUCUGUUACCAUUUCAGAAAUAUUUCCUUUUUUUUUUUAUGAUUCUUUUUAAAAUAUUCUCUCGAAUGAAAACUUCAUUCAGUUAUUUCCAGCUAAUGUCAAUUUCUAUCAUAACAUAUGUACAUGUAUAUAUGUAUACAUAAUAUGUACACAAUUACUAAUAUAACCUGUUGCGAAAAUCAAAAGACAACAAAAUUUGGCUACAUGAUACAAUUACAAGAAGUAAAAAAUAUAUAUGUAAAAUCAUCUGAUUCUCACACAUCUGUGCACUUGUAUCCAAUAUUUAUACUAUGCAUGCCUGAGUACACAUGUGUACCUGUUACAUGGAUAUAAGACAGAGACAUACAUAUAACAAACAUAAAAACUACACACACACACCUGCAUGUAAACACACACUGACUCAAGCACUUGCGUGCACACGCACACACACACUGGUAUUACACCUCACAAUCACUAUAUAAUUAGACAAGUCAAUUAAGGCCAAAAACAAGUCUCAUUAACAUCAGGUCACAAACUUGUCUGUCUUCAAGCAAGAUUUAAGAGCACCACCUAAUAAGAAAGAGAGAGAAGAAAUGAUAAGAUAAAGGGAGAGAGGAUAUAGGAAUGAGAAAGAAAGGAGAAAAAGUCAGAACGAGAAAAAAGGAAAUAGGAAACCCUAUACUGUUAAGUGGCUUGUAAGGCCAUAUUCUUGUAAAAUAAAAAAGUAAAAAAUAAACAUAAAAUAUGUGUGUGUGUGUGUGUGUGUGUGUGUGUGUGUGUGUGUGUGUGUGUGUGUGUGUGUGUGUGUGUGUGUGUGUGUACAGACAGACA